GUAUACGUACACCUGUCAUCAUGACCAUUGAAGAGAGCGCGACGUGAAAUACGCGCAUGCGCAGAGGAAUCAUUGCAAUGAGCUAUCUAGUAUUUCUAUACGCGCAGCGCGAUUACGUUACGGCAUUUUUUCUGUUUUUGUUUAGUCGCAACAGCAGCACCACUGCAGUUUGUACGAACGCGAUUUUGUUCGUCGUAGAAUCGAGCGGAUUGAGUACAGUGCGCGUGUGGAUGCCUCGCAACUCCGGCCAAACACGACUCGUAGUCACCGGCUAUUAUUAUUAUUGCACUGCUGCAUAAUAUAAAGAAUCCCAUUUGCGUAGACCAUUUUACAAUCUUAGCUUUCGCGUCUCUCUCUCUCUCUCUCUCUCGCCCCUCUCUCGCGCGCAUGCUCUCUGUUCCUUUUGCUCUCCCGUUGUUUUACGGUCAGCCAGUGCGAGUACUUAUAGUGUGCCAUAGCUGAGCUGGGAAGCUGGUGAACUGAGAGCACAGAGGCAGCUGCGGCUUUCCCGACAGCAAGACAUGUGAAAAUGGCGUCCAGCCAGGAUGCUUGGUAUCUGUCGCUGUUGGGUCUCGCCGAGAACUUCCGCACCGCCAGUCCACCCAGCAUCAAGUGCUGCAUACAGUGUUUGCAAGCAGUCUUCAACUUUAAACCGCCACCAAGAGUUGAAGCGCGCACCCACCUGCAACUGGGCACGAUACUCCUCACUCACACCAAAAACAUCGAUCUCGCCAGAACCCACCUCGAGCGCUCGUGGCAACUCAGCCAGAGCAUCAACUCCUUCGAUGACGUCAAGUUUGAGUCAGCCAGUAUGCUGGCUGACCUCUUUGAACAACAACAUCAGACUGUACUCAGUCAAAAUAUACUACGCAAAGCUGUAGAACUGUCCCAGCACAAUGUUUACUGGCACUGUAGGCUCAUAUUCCAAUUAGCUCAAAUCCAUGCAUCCGAAAAAGAUUUGAAUGCUGCUGUAGGUUUGCUGGCAGUGGGAGCUGACUAUACGCAAAUAAGCAAUGCUCAAUACACUAAGGUUUUGUUUGUACUUAGCCGCUGUAUGCUGCAGCUCAUAGAUAGAAAGUUCAGCGAAGUUUCUCCGUUGCUCAGUUCUGUAGGACAUCAAAUAGAAAAUUGGCAAGGCAAUCCACAUCAUCUUAGCUAUUUGAAAGUAUUUUACUGGACCCUUGUUGUCACUCAACAUUUACUGUUGGGACAGCUGAAAAGUGCUAAACCAAUGUUAAAGUCCUUACAACAAAGCAUAUCAAACCAAAAUUGGCCAUCCGAUGAAGCUAUUGCUGGGCCUCACAUUGGUGAUAUGUUCAUUUGGAUGCCAAAAGAACAUCUGUUUAUUCUGGUUUAUCUGGUAACAGUAAUGCACUCCACCCAAACUGGCUACUUGGAUAAGGCUCAAAAGUAUACUGAAAAAGCUCUUACUCAAAUAGAACAUUUAAAAGUUAUUGAUAAUAAACCAAUCUUGUCAGUGUUUCAAGUAAUGCUGUUGGAGCAUAUAGUGAUGUGUCGGCUCAUUAUGGGAAAUAAAAGCUUAGCUAUAGCUGAAAUUGCUCAAGCCUCUCAAAUAUGCAGAAUACAACCUAAAUUGUUGCAGACUCAUAGGGCACAGUUGCAUGUGUUGUUAGGUUUAUAUGCAAUGUCUAUGAACUGCAUGGGCGAGGCAGAGGCUCAGUUUAUUUCUGCACUGAACAAGUCCCAAGAAAGAGAUUUGGUAACAUUUGCAAAUUUGAAUUUAGCAAUAGUUUAUAUUAGAACCAGGAGAGACACUGAGUUAAACGCCCUUGUGGAGAGAAUAAAACCAGACAAUUUGCUAUCUGUUUCAUAUCCAUUAAGAGCUGCUGCAUUUUAUGUACAAGGUCUUCAGGCAUUCUUUGGAGCACGAUAUAAUGAAGCCAAGAGAUACCUUCGUGAAACUUUAAAAAUGGGUAAUGCGGAAGACUUAAAUCGAUUAACGUCCUGCAGUUUAGUACUGCUUGGCCAUAUAUUCCUAUCAUUAGGAAAUCAGAAAGAAUCUGGAAAUAUGAUAAAUCCUGCAUUGACUUUAGCUUCCAAAAUACCAGACGUUCAUGUUCAGUUAUGGGCAAAUGCAAUUUUAAAAGAUUUGAGUAGAAUUUGUGGUGAUCACGCCCGUGAAACUGAGGCAUUCAAGGUGCAUUCCGAUUUUUCUCAAACUUUAUUGAAAGACCAUUUCCAAAGCACGCAAAUGAGUGAACACGUUCUGAUACAAUGGAUCGAAGGCCCAAUACCUAUUUUACCAAAUAACUCAGCUGCUUCUACAUCGCAAGCAAUUUUAUAGUGUACAGAUACCGAUUCAUUGUCUUAUAAAUUUACUCAAGAGUGUUUUUAGAGAAGUUUAUUGACAACUUACAAAAUAACGAGAUUUGAGCUAUACGCGAUAGAACUUUUUAGUGGACUUUUAAGAUCAGUCAAGUGGAAGACUUAGUACUCCCGGCUUGUUUAAUUUUAUAUGAACCCCGACGUCAGGUAUUUUCAAAACAUUCUAUGCACGAAAGCGCUUGGUUGUAUAAAGACAAUCAUAUUUUAAGCAUAUUGUAAGAUAUUGAAAUUUGCUAUCAUGUACUGAUCAAUUUAAAUAUUUCGUCCAGAAGGAUUACUGGAAUAAAAUAAAAGCCCUCUUUAUUUUAUUUUAUGAGAUGAAAAAGCUUGAAACAUGCCUAAGGCGCAAGUAUGUAUGAGUACCUGUAUAAAUUUGUUAUAUGAAUAACUAAAAAUUGAAAGAUUUCAUUGAUUUACAUUGAAAUUGCACUCUUGAAGAAAAUUAUAAUUUAUUUUUAAAAUUUCAGUAAUUAAGAUAAAAUAUAUUACGAUGGCUUUAAGCGUAAAAAAUUUGUUACGUGAAAAAAUUUAUGAAAAAAAGGCAGGAAAGAUAAUUUUAAUUAUCAAUUAUUUUAAACUUCAUUAAAUAAAUCAUACAUUUUUUAAAUAAAUAUCAUAUCAAAGUUAUUCUUAAAUAUUACGUACAGUAAUUUUUAUUAUUUAUUGCCAUUAUCGGUCAUCAUUUUCGUUGUCUAUGACUUUUAGUGUCAAAUUUUAUAUCAUAGUCAGUGUUAUUAUAUAACUCUGAGGGCACUUGUCAAUUGUACUUUUAAAUUGGUUGAGAUAAAUCUACUGUAGAUUUUUAAUAAUAAGCAACACUGUAAAUACUGAAAUAUACAAAAAGUUGAUAUAUUUGUUAACUAUAUUGUAUGUAUUCCUUAUGUUGCACAUUUAUAAAUUGGAUAAAAAAAAGUCUGAACCAUAGCACUGAUGCAUUAUUGUAAAUAAUGGUGAACAAUAGUUAAGACGAAUUUAAUGAAUAUGAUAUUAAUUUUUCAAAAUUAUUUUUUCAAGUAUUAAUAAUUUGAAUGCUGUUUCAAAUGCUAAAAAUUUUGCAAAGUUUAAACCACAAGGCCAGUUAUAUUUCGGACUCUAGAAAGUCGUUUUGUGAAAUAGUUGCUAACAGUUAAGUAUAAGAACUUCAGAAUCAAAUUAUUAUUAUAAUGAUAAAAAUUGCACUUCAAAUCACGCGUACAAAUUUAUUAUAAACCAGUUAAAGUAUAAAUAAAAUCUACGUGCAAAAAUAUUCGUCUCGGUAUGUUUUCUGUAUCUUGUAAAAAAGGUAAAAUGUAAAGGUAUAUGGUAUUGUUUACAGAAAUAUCGGGAUAUUUGAAAAUAGUAGAUAUAAUAAUUUUUGUAUGAAUGUGCAGUCCGUUGUGAAAAUGUAUAUGGAUUUACUAUAAAAUUGCUUUAAUUUGUAAAUUAUUCUCCACACACCUUUAUGACCUUGAU